AUGCAGAUGCUAUGCAAUUCGAGAUCCAUCAAUUGCAUUGGUUAUGAGAAAGCAUUAUGUAAAGAAAAUAUAGAAUCAGUUAUUUUAUUUACUAAAAUAUUCAAAACCUAUAUCAAGGGUCUUAAAGUUGAAGAUAAACCUGGAAUAUUUGUACAUGGACUUCAGUCCAGCCGCAAAACAGGUUUCAUAGGAUUCAUUGUCUGUUUAGAGAGCAUAUUACAAUUAUAUUCUACAUUAAUUAAAACCAAUCAGUUAGAACAUAUAAAAUUAUAUAGAUUAAGUCAAGACCAUAUCGAACUGUUUUUUGGAAGUAUUCGAUCACAUGGUGGUCAUAACAAUAAUCCAAAAGUUCGACAAUUCCGUUCAGCCUAUAAAAAAUUAGUAAUUCGGAUCAAUGAUAUUACAAAUUUUAAUACAGGAAAUUGUAUACUCCUAGAAGAUAUUGGAAUUCUGCAUUACUCUAGUUCUGAUCCAGUGAAUGUUUUAAAUAACAAUACUCCUGGUUUUAAUUAUGAUGCAAUUAUUCAGGAAGAAAAUUUGAGAAGUAUAAAUUCAUUUAUUUUAGAUCAUGAUUACAUAGGAAGCCAUAGUGAUUACUCUUUUAGUAACUUCUCUAAAGAAGUUAUUAUUUACAUUUCUGGAUUCGUGGUUCACAAACUUACUAAUGUGCUCAAAUGUGAUACAUGUAAAGAUGCGUUGUGUGCUACUGACAAAGAAUGUUUUUUAAAUUCAUUAAUAACAUUAAAAAAUAGAAAAGGUGAUAAUGGUGGCUUAAUUUAUCCCAGUAACGAUGUAAUUGAUAUAUGUUUUAAAACUGAAAAAACAUUAAAACAAUUUAACUAUACACAUAAAGCUGUUAAUAAACUGAAAAUUCAAACUGAAGUUUUAGGCCACUUUUUAUUUAACUCAAAUGUAUUCGAACAAUUAAAAACUCAUAGUAGCGAAACCAGAAAUCCUUUAACCGAUCAUAUAACUCUUCUAAUAAAAUCUAUCACAUCAACAUAUAUUAACUUAAAAAUAAACUACAAUUUGAAAAGUCACAAUGAAACACCUUCCAUUAGAAUGUGGUAUAAUAAAUUAACUAUUUUUAAAGGACAAUAA